UGACAGCACAAAAUGUUUGUUAUGAUUAUAAUUUUUUUUGCUCUUCGCUAACAAAGUUAUGUCGUAUUAAAGUAAAGACUUAAUUUUCGGAUUUAUUAAAUAUUUAAAGUUUAGUUAAUCGACUGAAGUUUAUUAGAAAAAGUUUUAAAUAUAAUUCAAGAAACUCUCAUAGUUACGAAGCAAUGUGAUUGUCUAAAUAAAUUAUAUUUUCAAGGACGGAUUCAGGAAAAGUUGAGGAAACAAAAUAAUAGAAGGCGGUAAAUAGAUUCUUAACUACAAGCAGCGAAAUAUUCAACUUUGAACGUAUUUGUAUAUUGUUAAUGAAAAAAGAGUUAGUAAAGUAAGCAAUUCGUCGCUGGUGGAAUCAAAAUAUCCUAACUGCAGAGCAACGCUCAUGAAAAAUGCGUGGAAUUGAAGGCAAAGUAGUGGUGCUGGGUUCACGAGGAGUUGGCAAAACACAUUUGGUUACAAAAUAUAUAAAAAACACAUUACAUAAGGAUAUUGGUCCGACGAUAGCUGCUUCCUUUUUUACAUGCAAAGUGCUCUUAGACGAUGUGAAAAUUAAAUUACAAAUCUGGGAUACAGCUGGGCAGGAGCGCUUUAAAGCCGUCGCCCCUAUGUACUAUCGCAACGCCAAUGCAGCUAUUUUAGUUUUCGAUUUAACACAACACAAGACAUUUGUUGACAUCAAAUCGUGGAUACAGGAGCUGCAUCGUCAUGUGCAGGAGCCUAUGAUACUCACACUUGUCGGCAACAAGCUGGAUUUGCUGGCGCAGCGCACGGUUACGCACGACGAGGCCUACUUGUUUGCCUCGUCCAUUGGCGCUACAUACUUUGAGGCAUCAGCCGAAACGGACCAGGGGCUCGAACAGGUAUUCCUCUCCACCGCGCUGGGCCUGGUGCGUUUGGCGGACGAGGGCAAAAGUCAUUCGCUGCGCCAAUUCAAUUCGUGCGACUCGAUAUCAGCGUACACGAACAACAAUACCGCCUUGAGUCAUACCUAUGCAGCGCUGUCGGCCAAAAAUGACAAUGCAGCCUUUCGUUUGCCUUACGUACACGUCGGCAUUCCGGUGGACGGCGAUGAUGAGCGCAAGGUGACGGGCGUGGGCAGGCUUGAGACACCUUCCUGGAGCAUUGGACACAUUGCUUUCGGUGAAGAGGAAUCGUCUAGCUGCUGUUGGUAAAGCAGAUAUUAAAGCCAGUUAUAAGUAAAUAUCGCAAAUAACGGCGUGUAGCUUUCGAAGGGGCUAACAAUUAACAAUGGAAAAGUGAUUUACUCAUUUAUAUAAUUGCUGAGUACGAAUAUUAAUUUUAAGUGUGCAAAAUGUGAAAAUAAAAAAAAAACAAUCGUUUCAAAUCGCGUAAAACUGAAAGCAAUUAUAAUGUUAAUUAGAUUAAUUCUACAAUAUACCUGUAAAUAUUAAGCAGCACGCUCCGCAAGCCGCUGGUAGGUGGUGGUAGUCGACGUGAACGCAGUAACAAUCGACUAAAGCUUAGUGAAUAAGUUGCGCUACUGCCUACUUUUGUACUGAUAUUAAAUAUAAGCGCAUUCGUACGAGCACAUUUUGCGUGAUGAUCUUUCUUUUUUUGUAUUCAAAACCAAUUGUUUCUAAAGUGUAAUUUAUUUUUGUACAAAAAUAUACCGUAAUUUGAGGAAUUGCAGUUCAAGCAGUAAACAUUCGCUUACUGAAGGCAUUGAGACGCUUUUGUUACUUUAGCUUUACGAAAAUGAAAAUGUUUAACAAAACAAUAACAUAAUCAAAACAAACACAUGUACAAAAUGACAACAACAACAAAGUAUAUAUUGUAAAAAACAAAAACA